AUGGACUACGGUGCUGUUGGAGAUAGCUUCACAGAUGAUUCUCAAGCUUUUCUGACAGCUUGGAGUAAUGUUUGUGGGAUGAAAAAUGGUGCUCCAACCCUUGAGGUGCCACCCGGGAAAACUUUCAAGUUGAAUCCUCUAAAAUUUAGUGGCCCCUGCAAUUCCUCUCCGAUUCAUUUUCAGCUUGAAGGAAAUAUUGUUGCACCAAAUAGCACCGAAGCAUGGAAGGACAAGGACCCUAGCAGAUGGAUUGAAAUUUCCAACGUGGAUGGCCUUCAAAUCGAUGGAGGUGGACAAAUCGACGGCUGGGGUUCUGUUUGGUGGAAAGAUUGUAACGCCCUGCAUAUUCACAACUGCAACAAACUGCAACUAAAAGGGACUCGUCAUCUCAAUAGUGCAAGAAAUCAUAUAUCCAUAAAUUAUUGCAAUUACACAACGCUAUUCAAUCUCACUAUCACUGCACCUAAAGAUAGCCCAAACACUGAUGGAAUUGACAUUGCUCAAUCAAGCUACACUCUAAUCCAGAAUUCAAUCAUUUCAACUGGUGAUGACUGCAUUGCCAUAAACAAUGGUACAACAAAUAUUAACAUUACUGGCGUAACUUGUGGACCAGGUCAUGGUAUAAGUGUAGGAAGCCUUGGAGGAAAAGGAGCUUAUGAUAUAGUGGAACAAGUAUACGUAAACAAUUGCAGUUUCAACGGAGCAGAAAAUGGGAUGAGAAUAAAGACAUGGCCGGGUGGAUCCGGGUAUGCAAGAAACAUCACGUUCAAACAAAUCAUACUUACAAAUACCAAUAAUCCUAUAAUUAUUGACCAGAAUUAUGAAGAUUUAAUGAAGGUGUCAGCAGUUAAAAUUAGUGGCGUGAAUUUUCGGGAUGUCAAUGGAACUUCUGGUAGUGAGAUUGCCAUUACUUUGAAUUGCAGCCAGAGCGUAUGGUGCACUGACAUCUUCAUGGAUACAAUUAACAUAACCUCAACUUCAUCAGGAUCAAACGUUCAUGCCUCCUGCCACAAUGCUCGUGGAGUCGCUUCUUCUACUUCACCAGAUGACAAACCAGGUUUCUCUGGUUCAGCUGAAGAUGAGUUGAGCCAGCACAAUGCGAAGAAACUUAUUGAUACAAGUCAAAAGGGAUUGCGAAUUCCCAAGCACUUUCCGUAUUUCCACGUUGAAUUUGGUCUAAACAAGGGUUUUGUCCAUGUUAUUGAUGAUGAAAAGCAAUUCAAGAGCAGCCAUGGCUUGAAUGUAAUAAGAGGCAUGCUACAUUUGGCAGCGGAGGACAUGUAUAGGCGUCGACGGUAUGAGGCAGUGGAGGUACAAAAGCAAGCAGUUGCUAGCUUUUCCAAAGAGUGGGAUCUUUUUGGUUGGACAAAACAGCUUCAUGGAACAUCUUAA